AUGGCAUCGAGCGACAUAUUCACCAGCACAGUCAGGCAGCUGACACAGGAUCUGCACGCCCUAGCUUCGGAAUCUAAGCGACGUAAUUCGGAAGUGAAACAUGCAAGCGAUCGCUCGUUACAGAUAUUGCGGAUAGUCCAUAGUUUUGAAGAACUAGAACGACACCCAGACUUUAUUCUUCCGUUCGUCCUCUCAUGUAAGUCAGGAAAUGCGAAGUUUACUUCGCUGUCAAUGCAGAGUCUGCAGCGUCUGGCUAUCCACCAGUCGAUUCCACGGGAGCAGAUAGAACAUGUACUCGAAGCACUGAUUGAUUCCACACAGCUGGCCGUUGAGAUUCAGCUAAAAGUUUUGCAGAUUAUCCCCAUUUUCUUCAAGACAUAUGGUAAGCACAUAAUAGGGCCACUUUGCGCGAAGAUGUUGCGGUGCUGCACUACGCUGUUACUAACACCGAGCAAGGCUCAAGUUGUUGUGGGGACCGCCAGCGCUACCUUGAAACAACUCAUUAAUGAUGUAUUUGGGAGGCUGAAAUACCCUGAUGCAGAUGCAGAGCUGUACGAUGUGCUUAUCAGUAACAAUGAAACCAUAAAGGUUAACAGUUACCGAUACGAUGCGAAUUUACUCUUCACGGACCUCUGCUCUAUUUAUGGCUCCCGAAGCCAGCAGAAUACAUUGCUGGAUAGCAAUUGCAUAAAUGAGGAGUAUGGAUUAGAGCUCCUAGAACUGGUUUUAUUGAACUAUGAAUUAUUAUUUUUGACACACCGAGAUCUGUUAUUUCUGUUGCGAACAAAGGCGGUGCCGCUGCUAUUGAGGUACAUUUCCUCAUCCAAAAAUUUUGCAAUUGUGGUUCGUAGCGCCAGAUGUAUUACACUUCUCAUAAAGGUUCAGUAUUUGACAUUGCUGGAAUUGGAAUUGGAAGUUAUUUUAUCAUUAUUAAUCCACACUCUGUCUCCUAAAUCUGACACUUUAUUGUGGAGGAAGGCAUUAAUUCUAGAGGUAUUUUUGAACGUGAUCCAGGACAAUACUAUUUUGCUCGAGGUUUUCAAGGCUUAUGAUGUUCAUGAGAGCAGGAAGGACGUUGUUUUUGUCUUGUUAGAGACAAUGACCGAAAACUUUGAGUCGAACUCACUCUCUGAACUGCUCAAUGUUUCUGAAUUUUUGCCCAGUGGUGAGCAGGCAUUAUUAUUAAAUGAGACUGCUGUAUCCAAGAACAAGCUGAUGGACCUUCUUGAUAAAGCCUCUGCCCCAUCGACAGAUGGUACUUAUAUUGUCUUCCUACUAAUAGCAAUCUCCAAUGGUAUUUCCAAUUCUAUCGGCUCAAAAGCUGUAGCAGCCUCUCAUGAUGGAGACGAAAAGAUUUUGGAGGAGCUUUGCGACAUGUAUACGAAGAUCUUCGACAGCAUCUUCAAAAUUCAAAAGAAAAUAUUAUAUGCUGGAGCUUUAGACAAUCAGUUGUUCCAUAGUGUGCUUCGAGCCUUUCAAAAACUUGCCCACGCAGCAGGGAUCCUUUCACUUUCCUCUGAGUUAAGUCAAUGUCUGCGUGUUUUUUGCUUAGCUACCAUCGAAACUACAGCAGAAGAAGAAGUGCCCUUAGAAAGCGUUCAAUCCCCAAAUGCGACUGGUAUGUUGAAUGCUAUCAGUGAUACUCUUCGUGGUGUCCCUACUACUCCACCAAGUCCGAAAGAGGAGGCAAAGUCAAGCUAUAGAUCACUCCAUCAAAGAAACCUAAGCGUCUUUAGGGCGUUGCUUUCCCUGUCCAUUUCACUAGGCCCCACUUUAACUGGAGAACAUUGGGAAUACAUUUUGGAGGCAUGGCAAUGGACUGUAUAUUCCAUUUCGGGCCCGUCACAUGACCUUCAUAACACCCCCCAUAGUACGUCUUCCCCUGCCAUUCCGAAGCUGAUUAAGAAUGAUACCUUGGCUGUUGAAGCUAGCAUCAAUAAACUAUUUGAAAGUACAAGAACAUAUUCUUAUGAGAGCUUUGAAAGAUUCUUACUGUGUUUGGUGGAAGGUGCUGCGCGAUUACCUCAAGAUCCUGAAUGCAAUAAAGCUACAGGUGCCCGCAGAGUAGAUGUUCAAGGUAACGUCAUGGAUUUUCAUCAUCAUAAAGUAUUUUAUAUUGAUCGCAUCAGUGAUCUCGUGAAGUUUAAUAUCUCGAGGUUUACAGACCCGGAAGGUAAAAAUAUAUGGAAUAAGUUAUCUGAUUUCUUAAUUUCCCAAGCUACGGUGCAUUCAUCGACCGAUGAGGAUUUGCGCCUUUAUGUGACUCAAGUGUUUAUGGAGAUUAUUACUAAAGUAGCCACAGAUGCGGAAAACCUACAGCAGCAAUACGAUUCUAAGUUUGAUAUUAUUGGCGAUAGACUGCUAGAGGCACUCAUGAAAUUAAAUAAUGCUGUUUUGGGCUUUGUAAACUCGUCGGUUCAUAUGUCAGUUUCAAUAAACGUAGACUUCGACAUAUUAUUCCACAUUUUGAGGACAUUGAAAGAUCUAGUUGAUAACUUUGGCGAAAGUUUACAAGAUUCAUGGACAACCGUCUUAAAGAUUCUGAUGCCUCAAUUUGGAAUUAUCAAACGCUCUUAUGAAAAUGACAGCGAGCGAGGUAUGGAUGGUGGCAAUUUAACAGAGGCUAUCCAACAGAAGCACCGUGACCUCGUUCAUAUCUCUUUCAAAGUGUUCAAGCUGAUAUCCGAUAAUUUCUUGGAAACACUCCCAUAUCCUGUCAUAAAAGAUGUGAUUGAUACUUUAUUCGAAUUUGUACAGCAGGACACUGAUUUGAAUAUAUCAUUUUCAUCAAUUAGCCAGUUUUGGAUAUUAGGCGACUAUAUGAGGACAAUGGUUACUCUACCCCGAGACACCGGGGUAACAACAGACGGCAUAAUACAGGUGCCAACACCAGGAAAACUACCGUCCAAUAAUACUGAAGGGCGUGAUAUUUCUGAUGCACUUUGGAUAUACCUUCUAAAGACCCUUGUGAAGUGUACUAAUGAUAGCCGUUUAGAAAUUAAAAAAGGAGCUAUCCAAACGUUUUUUAGGAUUGUUGAUUCUUAUUCAUCAUCAUUUCCAUCAUGGGAGUUGGUAUCCGAGGAAGUUGUGGAGCCUCUGUUAUCAUCAGCUCCCAAUCCACGGGAAUAUAUUGAAUAUGCUGAUUUCUUUUCUAUAACUCUGCAGGGCUUGGUUCACCUUUAUCCUAUAUAUUUUGCGGAUUUUAGGAAUAAGCCUUGGGAUAAGGAAUGGUCCUGGUUGUUCUCUUUCAUUCAAAGGCUGCAGUCAAGUCAAUCUUUUGAAGCCCGUUUCAUUGCAUCUCAUAAUCUUGGGGAAUUGAUGUCUCUCAUUAAGGAUAUCAAUGACGUUCCAAAGGGUAUAGUUACCUCUUGUUACGAAAUAUGGUCAAGUUACAAUGUGCUUUACACAGAACUCCUGCCUUCAAGUGAUAAGAAGAAUAAUAUUAGUUGCCUUGAGGAAGUGAUCCGCUCUUUUAUACCACUCUACAGAUUACUGGACAAAUUCGAACUACUAACUCUACGAACAGUUGAGGAUUGCCUUGCUAUCUUCAACACAGCCUUCAGAUAUCCUUUACUUCCAGAACACGUUUCGGAUAAGAAAAAACUAUCAAUUUUACAAUCUGAAACUCUCAAGGCAUUAAAACAAUUUCCAAUGAACCAAGAUCAUGCUAUUGAACUAGUGAUAUGGUAUCAGUUGAGCUCUGUCAUGGUACUGCCUUUCGACACUAGAAAAAGAAUUGAGCAAAAGUUAGCGGGUAAGCUGGAUGGUGUAUCAAGAAACAGAAUACCAACAUUUGAGGCUGUUAGCUAUCAUGCUAGCAUGAUGCUUUUGGAACGUAUAAACGCAUGCAAUAGUUUUGACGACCAGUUCAUGAAUCAGAAAUAUCUGACAAAAACACUCAAAAACUUCUAUGAACCGAUUAAGUAUAAGUCUAUGAUUGAAUUGGCAUCAGAGGAUAGCUUACCAUUAUGGGUUGUAUCCUCCAGAUGUUUCAAUCAUAUUUUUGCUUCCCUUUUUUGCCAUCUAAAAAAGUACGAAGAUAAUAAGCAAAAUGACUGGUGCGGUGACUUACUGGAAAUAUAUGUCAAGGUUCUUGUAGCCCCUCUCCAACGCAUGGACCAGGUUGCUGACAUUGCUACCGAAGCGCAUGAUAUCUCCGAAUAUAAGAAACAUAGGGAUCUUUUGCUGAAAUAUAUCAAUUUAAUGGCGAUAGAUGUGAAUCACAUCCAGCCUUACGUUUCGUCGCUUUGGAAUAAUUCCUUUUACUACGACUUUGAUGCAAUUGAAGAUCAUAUAAUAAAUGGGAGUACAAAUCUGCAGGAAAUUACGGAUAAAUUAGUUGCCUUCGAUUUCUCGAACGUCAUUGGUUCCACGGAGGAACCUGCAUUGCUUUCCAAAUGCAAUUUAACGACUAUUUGUCUCGAAGAUUUGAUACAGUUUUGCAAUAAUAUGGAGCCCGGCUCCAAAAAAUUACGGUCAAUAGCGGUACCAUUUCUGAUUUCUCGGGUGGCCUUCGUGCUACGCCGAUAUAUUACCGAUGAAUCAUUGCUAAACAGGGCGCCAUUAUCUAAAGUUAAAAGACUCGAACUUGUAAAGGUAUUGAAUGGGCUGCACGAUAUUCUAGAUCUUCGAAUAGGACAUGUUGAUGAAGAAGUAGAGAAUCUACGUGUACUUUAUCCAUUAUUACUCAACACAAUACCGUUAUCUCAUAAGGUCGGUGGGUUACAGGACCUAUUACAAAAACUUUCUUUGAGAUUUAACGUCUUAUACACAUAA